AUGGAUAACCCAGAAGCGCCACCUGGAAUUGAAAGUAAAGCAGAGGAAGAAAUCUCUCGCCAUCGCAAACUUGUUGAAAGAAUAGCCCAAUUUGACGAACCGCCAGAAAACUUGGAUUUCACAAUAUCUGGUAAAGACUGCGAAUAUAAAGUCCAUUCUAGCGUUAUUUGCUCCCGGUCACGAUUUUUCGAUAGAGCCGUGAAGGGGAGAUUUGUGGAAUCGACUUCAAAAAGAAUCCAUCUGCCAGAGGAAGAUGCUGAUACUCUCGAAUUAUUAAUUUCCAUCCUAUAUGGUUUCGAGUCUUCAUACUCUGCAGAGCUCUGGCCAGAAGCUCAUGCGGAUAUAAAGAUCUUGCUAGACGGUAUCGACCAGUCAACUCAGCGCAUUAUACCCCCCGAAGCGUCAACGUUAGCUAUUGAAGGCGCUUUGGACACCCCCAAGAAAAACACGGGCCUCCGAUUGCUCCGUUUAUACGCUCUCGUUGACAGAUUCGACAUAUUUUGGCUGCAAGAGUGGGCAAAAGAAAUGGUCCUUUUAUGGGUCAAAACCAACCCCCGCAGCGACAGUUUUGUGGAGGUGAUCCGAGCGGUUUACCGAUGUGAGACUGGAAAUUACUCCGAAUUUGUUGACGAAAUUUUCGCACUCGUCUUGGACAAUGUGGAUAUACUGAUUGAGAACGACGAAUUUUACGAAGUGGUGGCAGAGAACGGGGAGCUCGGAGCAGAGUUGCUUCGACAUGUCCUAUCGACGAACAAAAUCGUCCAUUCAGCAUUGGACAUGAACAGCUCCUUAACGGAGCUACAGAGUAUUGGGGGUGAGAAUUUGGCCGAGUUUCCAGGUCUAGCUCGGGGGUCAACUUAG